AUGGAUGCAGUUGCCAGCGACGCCGUACUCCUCCUCCUUGCCGUCGCUAUCUCCCUGCUCAUCACUGCCACUGUCUGGAACAGGCGUGGUCGGGGGCACGACGACGAUGGCGCGCCGAGCCCGCCGUCGCUACCGCUGCUCGGCCACCUCCACCUGCUCGGCAAGCCGCUACACCACUCGCUGGCCGCGCUCGCCGCCGCUCACGGCACCGGGCCCGGGGGCGCCCCGGCGCCGCUCCUGUCCCUGCGCCUGGGCGCGCGGCGCGCGCUGCUGGUGUCCGGGCACGCCGUGGCCGAGGAGUGCUUCACGGCACACGACGCCGCGCUGGCGGGCAGGCCGCGGCUGCUGGUCGGGGACAGGCUCAACUACGGGUACACCACGGUGGGGUGGUCCUCCCACGGCGACCACUGGCGCGCCCUCCGCCGGUUCCUCGCCGUCGAGCUCUUCACGGCGUCUCGCCUCGCCGCGCGCGCCGCCGACCGGCGCGCCGAGGUCGCCGCGCUCGUCGGCAGCCUGCUCCGUGACGCCGCCGCCGCCGCGGUGACGCUCCGGCCCAGGCUCUUCGAGCUGGUGCUGAACGUGAUGCUGCGCGCGCUCACCGGCGCGCCGCCCGGGCACGGCGGUGACGUGCGCGGUCUCCAGGAGAUCAUAGAGGAGACCUUCGCGGUGACCGGCGUCAUGAGCGUCGGGGACUACUACCCGGCGCUGCGGUGGGUCGACCGUCUGCGCGGGGUCGAUGCGGCUCUGAUCCAUCUCCAGGCGAGACGCGACGCGUUCGUCGCCGGCCUCGUUCACGACAAACGCCAAAGGCGCAAAGCCGGUGGCCCAGACACGGAGAAGAAGAGCACCAUUGACGAGCUCUUGUCACUGCAGGAAACUGAUCCUGAGUACUACAAUGACACUGUCAUCAAAGGCAUCGUCUCGGUACUGCUCAGUGCCGGCACGGACACAUCGGCGCUGACCAUUGAGUGGGCAAUGGCGCUGCUGCUGACGCACCCGGAAGCGAUGCUGAAGGCGAGAGCUGAGAUCGACGCCAACGUCGGCAGAUCCCGGCUGGUGGAGGAGUCGGAUAUGACGAACCUCCCAUAUCUGCAAUGUGUGGUCAAGGAGACCCUCCGGCUCUGUCCUGUAGGGCCAGUCAUCCCAGCACACGAGGCCAUGGAAGACUGCACCGUCGGUGGGUUCCAUGUCCGGCGGAUGGAUCGGUUCCCCCUUCUUGAUCCAAGGUUCGAUGAGCACCACCGGGCUCGGAGGAUUGAGAACGAAGAGAUUUGGAUGUGGGAGAGGCUUCCAGUUGGGAGACCGCAUCAGCUUGAUCCCCCACAACCUUGGUUUCCUCAAGGAGACGCAGUUGUCGCCCCUACCGUGGCACACUUCUAUGAGCGAGCCCACGGAACAUACCACGUGUCACGCCACGCGUACAUCAGCUUCACCAACGAGCUGGACACCCUUUUGCCACAGCAUCGAACAAGGCAUCAAUUGAGGCCCGCUUGGACGGAGCAAGACAUUGCCGACAUUGAAGCGAGGAUGAGGGCAACAACCCAUAUGACCAAGCUACCCGAGAAGCGGGCAAGUUGA